AUGCUUCGUCCCAUUAUAUGGCGAAGUCGAACUUUGCAACUCCUGAUACUCAGGCGAGGACCAUUAUUUUCGUCUAUAAUCAGGCGACUGAUACAUGCCUCCCCAAGCCAACUUCGGAAAGCAUUUAACCCAUUCAACAAAGAUGAUAAAUUUUAUGAGCAGUACGGUAAACUCGUUGAGAAAUAUGGUAGUCUUAUGAACAACGUAUUCAGGGAAGAUGCCAGUUUACUCGAUAUGAAGUUACCGCCAAAUCCAUUCGAUCAAAAGUAUCUUCAGCGAUUAUCUGUGGUUUACGAGUUUAUGUUAGAUGAAUUUGAACUCAGAUGUAAAGAGUUUGCAAAAAGAGAACCCAAUAUGAUUAUGGACAGCACUAUUAUUGAUCAAUUAUUUAACGACAUUAAAAGUAAAUUUGAAAAAGAGCACCCUGAUAUUGUACCACCUUCCAACGAUGAGAUCACCGAGGCUGUGAGAAUUUACUAUGCAUUGGCAAACAAUAUUGCGUUCUUGGAUCAAAUGCAAUUUACAAACGAUAAAGUACAGGCGCUUUUGUCCAUUUAUGAUAAAGCAAGGGCAGAUGAUAAAGAGCUCGACGCUACUAAAAGUGCUGAAAGCCUUGGAAUCGAAACAGAAGCUGCACAUACUUGGUUUAAAAUAUUUGAAACUUUGGAGUCCACCAGUUUGGCUGUGGAAGGAACCAAAAGAUUUCCACUUUGUCCUCAAGAGUUGUUUGUUUUGAGCAACAUGAAAAUUUUGCGUGAUCGUUUGUCACAAAUGAAAGAAUCCGGUAACCCAUUUAUUUUCCCCAAUGAAAAGAACAACUUUUUUGGAGAGGGAAAAAGUGGGUUCAAUAGUUUUAAAAGGUCAGGGUCAUCAGGUGACAGUGACGGUAAGGAUCCGAAUACUAAUGGCUCUAAUAGAAAUGAACAGAAUAAGGAUAGGAAAAGCAAGAACAAAAACAACAAAGGAAAAGAAGAGAACACCAUAUUUGAAGCAGACAUCCAGAUCAAAAGAGUUUUGCAAGCUGGAUUCUUUAUUCUCUUGUCAUUCUUCCUAUUCCGAGGUCUUUUACUGACCAAUGAUGAUGAGAUUACUUUCCAAACAUUUGUUGCUGAUUAUUUGAGCAAGAAUAGAGUUUCAAAAGUUAUUGUUGUCAACAAUAGUGUUGCAUAUGUUGAACUCAAUGAUGUUGCUGGUACCAACCAGCCAAUGGGGCGUCAAAUAUAUUUCACCAUUGGAUCUGUUGAAACUUUUGAGCGUAAUUUGAGAGAAGCCCAGGAUAGAUGCAACAUUGCUCCAAGCAUGAGAGUUCCAGUUGUAUACACCACUAGGGGUAAUUCAACAAAACUUUUAAUGAGUUUUGUGCCAACUGUACUAUUUUUAGGUGCCAUUUAUUGGAUGACUAAGAAGGCGGCCUCGUCAAUGGGUGGAAUGGGAGGACCCAUGGGCUUUGGAAAAUCUACAGCAAAAAAGUUUAACCAAGAAACAGAAGUAAAGACCAAGUUCAAGGACGUAGCAGGUAUGGAGGAGGCAAAACAAGAAGUAGCAGAGUUUGUUAGUUUUUUGAAGGAUCCUGAAAAGUAUGAGAAAUUGGGAGCCAAGAUUCCAAGAGGUGCAAUCUUAUCAGGACCACCUGGUACUGGUAAAACUUUACUUGCAAGAGCAACAGCAGGGGAAGCAGGUGUGCCAUUUUAUUCUGUUUCUGGUUCCGAGUUUGUUGAAAUGUUUGUUGGUGUUGGUGCAUCUCGUGUGCGCGAUCUCUUUAAAACUGCUCGUGAAAAUGCUCCCUCCAUAGUGUUUGUUGAUGAAAUCGAUGCAAUUGGUAAACAACGUGCCAAGGGAAAUAUGUCUGGAGCCAAUGAUGAGCGUGAAACCACUUUGAACCAGCUUUUGGUUGAAAUGGAUGGAUUCGACAGUACUGAUCAUGUUGUUGUGUUGGCUGGUACAAAUAGACCCGAUAUUCUAGAUAAGGCAUUGAUGAGACCUGGUAGAUUCGAUAGACACGUGCAUAUUGAUAACCCAGAAUUACAAGGGAGAAAAGAGAUUUUUGAUGUUCAUUUAAGGAAAAUUACCUUGCAAAAGAACAUCGAUCGUGACUUAUCUGGAAGGUUAGCUGCAUUGACCCCUGGUUUUUCAGGUGCCGAUAUUGCUAAUGUUUGUAAUGAGGCUGCACUUAUCGCUGCUCGAUUCAAUGCUGACUCUGUUACAUUAAGACAUUUUGAAUUGGCUAUAGAAAGAGUUAUUGGCGGAGUCGAAAAGAAAUCGAAAUUGCUCAACCCCGAGGAGCAAAGAAUCGUUGCAUUUCAUGAAGCCGGCCAUGCCAUCUGUGGCUGGUAUUUGAAACAUGCCCACCCAUUAUUGAAAGUCUCAAUCAUUCCACGUGGACUGGGUACUUUGGGAUAUGCUCAGUAUUUGCCACCUGAUCAAUACCUCAUGUCUGCUGUUCAACUUUACGAUCGUAUGAUCAUGACAUUGGGUGGUAGAGUAUCCGAAGAGUUAAAUUUUGCCUCGGUGACAAGUGGUGCUCAUGAUGACUUUAAGAAAGUUACCAAUAUUGCACAGUCGAUGGUGUUGCGAUUUGGUAUGUCUCCCGAGAUUGGUAUGGUGAAUUAUGCAGAUACUAGGUCGCAAGAUGACUUGACCAAACCAUUUAGUGAUUCAACCAGCAAAAAAAUAGACAAUGAGGUUCAAAGAAUUGUCAAUGAAUGUUACACCAAAUGUAAAGAGUUGUUGACCGAGAAAUCGCAUGAAGUCAAUCUUGUUGCUCAAGAGUUGCUUAAAAAGGAAUUCAUUACACGUGAGGAUAUGAUUAGACUUUUGGGCAAGAGACCCUUCCAAGAGAAUAACGAUGCGUUUGACAAGUACCUUGAUGGAAAAGCUGCAUUUAAAGAUGAGAAACCCGAAAAUGAGCAUAGGGAUUGA